AUGGAGGCUCCGGGCGGCCCGAGGCGGAGGCUCUUCCCGCUGCUGGUUCUGCUGCUCUGCUGCUGCUCCUCCGCUUCGGGGCACGCCGAGAGGGAGGCGUUCUCCACCUCCACACUGACGCCGUCACGCAUCGGUACGAUGCUGGAACGGGUGUGUCACUGCAGCGGGAAGUCGUUGUGUCACUGUGACGGGGUAAAAGGUCAAAAGGGUGAACCUGGUUUCCAUGGGGAGGAUGGUCUUCCUGGAAUGAUUGGUUACCCUGGAAACGAGGGUCACCAGGGGUCAGCAGGAGAGAAGGGUGAUCACGGAGCAGCAGGAAUACCUGGACUGAAAGGCGCUCGGGGUCUUCCAGGGAAACCAGGUUUCCCAGGACCUCCAGGAUUGCCGGGACUUCCUGGACAUGAAGGACAAAUUGGCCGACCAGGAUUCCCAGGAUGCAAUGGGACAAAGGGGGAUGUUGGGUACCCAGGAUUCCCUGGGGUUCCAGGACCUGCUGGCUUUCAAGGUCCUUCAGGACUGCCAGGUACAAAGGGAGAAACACGUGUCUACCCCGUCUCUCAGCCUACUAGAGGACAAACUGGACCACAAGGACCAGAGGGACAAAAGGGGCUGAGGGGAGAUCCAGGUCAGCUUGGCUUCCCGGGACCACCAGGACCUGCUGGACUACCUGGAAGACCAGGUUUUCUGGGGUUACUGGGAGAGAAGGGUCAGGAGGGUCUCAGUCCAGUGAUCCCAGGUCCCCGAGGACAGAAGGGUGAUCGUGGACCUCCAGGGAUUCCCGGCCAGAAAGGGAUCAAACUGUACGCCGAAGGACCCAAAGAACUGAAGGGAGAACCAGGUGAAGGUGGUGAGAAAGGUUGUCGUGGACUUUCUGGUUUGCCGGGGAAACCGGGGGUGAAAGGAGAGAAGGGUGAGCAAGGCGACGAGGGCUCACUGGGUAAACAGGGAAAAGAUGGACUCACCGGGGAGCUCGGAUAUCAGGGAGACCCAGGGGCACGUGGGUACCUCGGCCCGCCAGGUAUUGAAGGAGCCACGGGGGAGAGAGGGGAACGUGGUCCUCCGGGUCUUCCAGGAGAGACGGUCUUCAAUCGAAGAUUCCUGAAGGGCCAGCGUGGUCUCCCCGGGCCCCGCGGACCCCCAGGAGGCCCUGGAGAACAAGGACUCAUUGGUUUUCCUGGACUGCAGGGCGAUCCAGGUGUAGCUCUGCCUGGGCCACCAGGCCCCCAGGGGCCACCUGGUUUUAUUGGACCCAAAGGAGAACCAGGAGAGCCAGGGCCCCUCAUCGUCGGGCCCCCAGGACAGAUUGGAAUCCCAGGAGGUCCAGGGGCCGAAGGAGAACCGGGAGAACCAGGGAUACCAGAUUUCCUGCAGGGAGAUGUUGGUCCUCCAGGAGCUAAAGGUCCAAGAGGCCUGAUGGGACAUCCUGGGCCCAGAGGGCAGGAUGGACCACCGGGUGAGAAGGGUGAGAAGUGCUUCGUCUGUCCUCUUGUUUCCCUCACCCCCGGACCUCCAGGUAAACCAGGAGAGCCAGGUGAAAAUGGGGUGACAGGUCCAGACGGUUUUCCAGGACCCAAAGGUUACAAAGGGGUCAAAGGUAUCAGAGGACCACCUGGUCCACAGGGCCCCUUUGGUAUCCCCGGCAUCCCGGGGCCCGUGGGACCUGUGGGUAACCCGGGGGUCAUGCAAAGGGUGGGGCAGAAGGGUGAGGAAGGGACCCGGGGGGUUCCAGGACCUGCGGGUCUUGAGGGGACAGACGGACCUCAAGGAGCUCCAGGACCGAAAGGUGUUCUGGGACAGAGAGGAAACCCUGGGCCUCCGGGACUGAAAGGGGACAGGGGCCUGCUAGGGGAGAGAGGUCCCAGAGGAUUGAUAGGACAGCGGGGACCUCCAGGACCUCCUGGUAUUGGUGCUCCAGGACCUCCAGGACCUCAAGGCAGCGCAGGAGUCCUGGGACAGCGAGGAAUUGCUGGAAAACCAGGUGAAAAGGGUUCUCCAGGUGAAAUCAAAACAUAUCCAGGAGAUCCCGGACAGAAAGGAGAGAAAGGUUUAUCUGGAAACCCUGGACCUGAAGGUGUGACAGGACCUCCAGGUUAUCAAGGAUUUGUUGGUCCAAAGGGAGAAAAAGGAGAUAAAGGAUUUUCUGUGCAGGGGCCCCCAGGCUUCCCAGGGGUAAAAGGACAUAAGGGCCUUCCAGGAGCUCCAGGUCUAUCAAGUUUUGGCAUCAAGGGACGAGCGGGGCCAUCGGGCCCACCGGGGAUGCCGGGCCCAAAGGGGGAAGGGGGUAUCGGUUUCCCAGGCCAGCAGGGUCAGUCAGGCCCUCAGGGAGAAGAUGGCUCUGUGGGGCCCCAAGGAAACCCCGGACCCCAGGGGGCAGAUGGAGGUCCAGGGCCUACAGGACAAGACGGACCACCAGGACCCAAUGGUCGGAGUGGUCUGGAUGGUGUACCCGGUCCUGUUGGUACUGUUGGAAUCUGUUUAGAGGGAGCUCCUGGACCUAAAGGAGAGGAGGGACAGAUGGGCGUCAUCGGAUUCACAGGGGCCCGGGGCUCAAAGGGAGUGCAGGGUGACCCUGGGUUGCCGGGUAUCGGAGCUCUGGGACGCCAAGGGCCAUACGGCGCCCCAGGGUUUGAUGGACCUGCAGGGCCUGUAGGAGAUGUUGGACUGAAAGGCCUCAGAGGGACCAAUGGGGAGCCAGGGAGCCCAGGUAUCAGAGGGGACAUGGGUCCUCCAGGACUUGGUGGAAAUCCAGGGGAUGAUGGGAAACCAGGAGAGACAGGACGACAAGGACCAAAAGGUCAGAUGGGAGUAGAUGGGGUCAGGGGUUCUCAGGGGCCUCCAGGGCCUCAAGGGGACCAAGGGGAGACCGGACCUAGAGGAACCCAUACUUCUGUUGAGGUGUACGGAGAUCCUGGAGACCCUGGAGACAUUGGACCCAUAGGUCUCUCUGGUCUUAAAGGAGAGAGGGGCUUCCUGGGACCCCAGGGCUCUGACGGCAGCAACGGUAUACCUGGAAACACCGGACCACGAGGAUUUCCUGGAGACCCCGGCAGAGAUGGGCAGAAAGGUUCUUCUGGACCCUAUGGUCUCCCUGGUAACCCAGGAGAGAUGGGAAAGCCAGGUUUUAAAGGUGAGAAAGGUUGUGCAGGCCCUUGUGGGAUACCUGGCUCAGAUGGGAAACCAGGAUCAGCCGGACCUAAAGGUGUUAAAGGAGAACCUAGUCCACCUGGACCAGGAUCUAAAGGAUGUCCAGGAGAUAAGGGGAAUCCAGGCUGUCCAGGAUAUUCAGGUGGAAAGGGGAAACCGGGAGACACUGGGAUCUUUGGUUCUCCAGGAGACUGUGGCCCCUGUGGCCCCAAAGGACAAGCUGGGCCCCUUGGAUGCAGAGGUCCUCCUGGAUCUCCUGGUGAAAAGGGUUUUGAUGGUCCUACGGGGAUAAAUGGCCCACCUGGACCCACAGGUCUCCCAGGUAACAAGGGGGCUCCUGGAGAUCCUGGUCCAGCCGGUCCCAGAGGAAACCAGGGACAAGAUGGGAUACCUGGACCUCCCGGAGAGAAAGGAGCCAUGGGAGCUCCUGGAAUUGGACCACGGGGCACAGAGGGAAAGCAAGGUCCACCUGGGUGUUCUGGAGAGAAGGGCCCUCCUGGUCCCUGUGGCCCUCCUGGUCCCUGUGGUCCUGGGGGAAACCCAGGUUGUCCCGGUCCUCCUGGACCCCCUGGUCCUCCUGGUUUUCCUGGCAGGGAGGGAAUCUGCACUGAAGGAGGCAAAGGAGAUAACGGAAUGCCCGGAGGACGAGGACUAACAGGUCCCCCUGGCUGUAAGGGUCCUCCUGGACCUCCAGGUCCUGGUAAUAAAGGAGAGAAGGGAUAUAAAGGAGCAACAGGUGACUCAGGACCACCUGGCUGCCCUGGCGACCCUGGUCCACAAGGCAAGCUGGGUGUAGACGGACCCCGGGGCACAGCUGGACAAAAAGGCCUGACCGGAGAAACUGGUGACACAGGACCUGUCGGUUUGAAGGGAGAUGAGGGACCACGGGGUAACACCGGCUCACGAGGACCUCCAGGACCACCUGGGAGGAGAGGACCGAGGGGGACGGAUGCAUCCAGGGCGGUGAACCUGAUACCAGGAGACAAAGGCUUGGUUGGACAUCAGGGACCCCCAGGACAAAGAGGACCCCCAGGGGUCCAUGGGAGACCCGGGUAUCCAGGUUUUAAGGGCAUAGAAGGGCAGCCUGGUGAAAGAGGACCAGAAGGUCGCCCUGGAUUGAAAGGGGAUGAGGGAGACCGAGGAUUCCCUGGACAAAAAGGUAUUGCAGGUCCGCAUGGUCCAGUUGGUGCUAAAGGUAUUCCAGGUCUACCUGGUCCCACCGUGGAUUCACCAGAGAAGGAUGGCUUCCUGUUCACCAGACACAGUCAAAACCUCUUUGUCCCAAGAUGCCCUGCAGGAUCCAGUGAAGUGUACAGCGGAUACUCACUGCUGUUUAUCAACGGAAACAACCGAGCUCAUGGACAAGACCUGGGUACAUUGGGUAGUUGUCUCCCUCUCUUUACCACCAUGCCCUUCCUGUUCUGCAACACCGACAGCACCUGUCGCUACGCCUCGCGCAAUGACUACUCCUAUUGGCUGUCCACUAACGAAACACUGCCGGGCAGCGUCCCCUUCAUCUCUGGGCAACUGCUGGAGAGCUACAUCAGCCGGUGUACUGUUUGUGAGGCCAGAGCCAACGUGAUCGCCAUUCACAGUCAGACCAGUUUCAUCCCCGACUGUCCCUCUGAGUGGGACCGUCUCUGGUUCGGAUACUCCUUCGUGAUGGAAACAGGAGUGGGGGCGGAGGGGUCGGGUCAGCCUCUGGCCUCACCUGGAUCCUGUCUGGAAUACUUCAGGAAGAUUCCCUUCAUCGAGUGUCAUGGCAGAGGAACCUGCAACUACUAUACCGACUCCUACAGCUACUGGCUGGCUGCUCUCAACCCCAGCGACAUGUUCAGCAAACCGAAGCCUCGGACCGAUACCAGAGAGUUUCCAGGCAGCCUGAUCAGCCGCUGUCAAGUCUGUAUGAAGAGGCUGUGA